ACAUCCAAACACGUCCUAUAAAAUUCUCAAAACUCACAAAUCACAAUCUCUAAAGCCAAAACCUAUACCAUCAACAAUCACUCCCAAAAUGAUCACCAUGAAAGCUCAAAAAUCAUCUUCAUCAAUGUUUCUUCUCCCACCUCCAUUACACCUCAACAAUUCAUCCCAUUCUACAAUUGAUAACAAUUUUAACACCAUAUUUUCAAAUCUAAACAAAAUCUUAAUCUCCCAUAAAUCCCCAAAAUCCCCAAAAUCCACCAUUAAUGUCUCCCUCUCCAAUUUCCUCUCAACCUCCAGUUCUGUGGAAUUCAAACCUUCAAAUACCCUAACAGCAACAACAACAGAAAUACCCACAUCUAAAUCUUCAUUAAAAUCCACCUAUAGCAAUCUUUCGGUUCUUGAGCGAGCUUUUAUCGGCGCUUGUGCAGGAGGAUCUGCCGGUGCUUUUACAUAUGUUUGUCUUUACCCACUCGAAACAGUAAAAACAAAGCUUCAAACAAAAGGGGCAAGCCAAAUUUAUUCCAGUACACUAGACGCCAUUGUUAAAACCUUUCAAUCAAAAGGGGUUUUAGGGUUUUACAGCGGCGUUUCAGCUGCAUUGGUAGGGUCAACUUUCUCAUCUGCUGUUUAUUUUGCAACUUGUGAAUUCGGGAAAUCAAUUUUAUCAAAUUUCGAUAAUUACCCAACUUUGUUAAUCCCACCUACAGCAGGAUUAAUGGGUAAUAUUGUAUCAUCUGCAAUAAUGGUACCUAAAGAACUAAUUACUCAAAGAAUGCAAGCUGGUGCACAAGGAAGAUCUUGGGAGGUUUUAGUUAAAAUUCUGGAGAAAGAUGGUGUUUUAGGGCUGUAUGCUGGUUACUCUGCUACAUUGUUGAGGAAUUUGCCAUCUGGGGUUUUGAGUUUCUCGUCGUUCGAGUGGCUUAAAGCCGCGGUUUUAAGCCACUCAAACAAGGAGAAGAUGGCACCAUUGGAGAGUGUUUGUUGUGGUGCAUUAGCUGGGGUGAUUUCAGCUUCAUUGACAACUCCAUUGGAUGUGAUUAAGACUAGAUUGAUGACCCAAGUUCCUGGUGAUGGUGUUAAUAAGGUUGCUGCUGCUACAUUGAGUGGAGUUAGUACCAUUGUUAAACAGAUUAUGAUGGAUGAAGGAUGGAUUGGGUUUAGUAGAGGAAUGGGUCCUAGAGUUGUUCAUAGUGCUGGUUUCUCUGCUAUUGGGUACUUUGCUUUUGAGACUGCUAGGCUUGCUAUUAUGGAGCAGUAUGUUAAGCAUAAAGAACAGUCUAAGGAGAUGGUGGCUUCUGCUCCUCUUUGAUGGAGGGGAUUUUUGUCAAUGGUAAUGCUCUAAACCACUGUCACAUAAUUCGUGAAUCUUCUCGGGUUGUGAAACGACACCAACAAAUUGUGAUCGGUUUUGGCUAAUUUUGGGUCAAUUAUGUUCGACUGUCAAUUUUUGUGCUUAAAAAGUUAUUUCUUGGUUUUUCUAUGUUGAUUAGGUGCUUUAAGGUGAGUUGUAAACAUUCAAGUUUUGAAAAAGAGAAUGAUUGAUAAAUUUGGAAUUAGUUUUAUAAUAUAUAUUAGUGUCUUAA